AAGAUGAUUCCUGCCUCUGACAAGGGUAGGUUCUUUGCCUUUGGUCGUGUCUUUGCUGGUAAGGUUUCUACUGGUAUGAAGGUCAGAAUCAUGGGUCCCAACUUUGUCCCUGGUGAGAAGAAGGAUCUGUUUGUUAAGAGUGUUCAGAGGACUGUUAUUUGGAUGGGUAAGAGGCAAGAGACAGUGGAGGAUGUUCCUUGUGGGAACACUGUUGCUAUGGUUGGGCUGGAUCAGUUCAUCACCAAGAAUGCUACAUUGACCAAUGAGAGUGAAGUUGAUGCUCAUCCCAUUCGUGCCAUGAAGUUUUCUGUGUCUCCUGUUGUUCGUGUCGCUGUUCAGUGUAAGGUUGCAUCUGAUCUUCCCAAGCUUGUUGAGGGUCUCAAGAGGUUGUCCAAGUCUGAUCCCAUGGUUGUGUGCUCAAUGGAAGAGUCAGGUCAGCACAUUGUUGCUGGUGCAGGAGAAUGUGAUGUGGUUCUUCACUCUGAUGCGAUCCACAGAGGAGGUGGUCAGGUCAUUCCAACAGCCAGAAGGGUCAUAUACGCUUCCCAGAUUACAGCCAAGCCCAGACUUUUGGAGCCUGUUUACAUGGUUGAGAUCCAGGCACCAGAGGGAGCUCUUGGAGGAAUCUACAGUGUGCUGAAUCAGAAGAGAGGUCACGUCUUUGAGGAGAUGCAGAGGCCAGGAACACCUUUGUACAACAUCAAGGCGUACCUGCCUGUUGUGGAGUCGUUUGGAUUCUCGGCUCAGCUUAGGGCAGCAACCUCAGGACAAGCGUUCCCGCAGUCUGUGUUUGAUCAUUGGGAUAUGAUGGCUUCUGACCCUCUGGAGCUAGGAACUCAAGCUUCAACUCUGGUGGCUGAGAUCAGGAAGAGGAAGGGUUUGAAGGAACAGAUGACUCCACUAUCUGAUUUCGAAGACAAGCUUUAAGAGGAAACAUUACAGAAAGCAGAGGAAAUAUUUGGAAAGGAAAACAAUGAUCUUUACAUAUCGUUUAAGGGACUUCUCAGAAGCCGGCGUUGAAACAAAAGAAAAACUCCAACUUCUAAGCUUUCUUUUCAUGACCAAUUUAGGCAUGACUUAUCCCGAAUUUUGAAAAACCUUUUUAACCAUGGAACAAUCAGGGAAUUUUGUUGUUAAAAGUCCACCAUUUAUUUUUCUAAGAAGAGUUUAUAUAUAUU